AACUCGCCGGUACAAGUCAGGGGAUCUUCCUCAAUCUGGUCUGUAGUUCAGUGGACGCCGCACCAGCGACCAUGUCUUUUGUUGACACUCUGCGCCAGUGGGAUGAGGCUGUCACCUGUGUGGACAGAGAGGAUAUAUCAGGAGCAUUCAGGAUUUUCCUGUCAAUCCAAGACCCUAACUCCAAAAUUUGUUUCGACAUUGGCUGUCUCCAUCUUCUGAGCCAAGACUUGGAUGCUGCUGAAAAGGCGUUCGAUUGCAGCAUUCGCAGGGACGAGCAUUUGGCUGUUGCCUUCUUUCAAAGAGGAAUUACCUUUUACAGAAAGCAGAGGUACGAGGAGAGUUUGGGUGAUUUCCUGCAGGCUUUCAGAGCACUAAGAGGAAACCAGCUGAUAGAUUACAAAGCACUUGGUCUCAGAUACAAAUUAUAUGCUUGUGACGUUCUCAACAAUGUUGCCCUGGCUGAAGCUCAGCUGGGCAACUGGGAAAAGGCCCAGGAAAACCUUGUGAAGGCUCUGGACUUCAAGACAGAGGCCAAGCUCAAUAACAUUGACAGAGCUCUGCAGUCAACACUGAAACAGAAAGUUUUCAAACUGGUCGAGUUCCCAUUAAAAUGUCUGUUCAAACCAAAUAAGCACUAUGUUGCUGAGCUGGAGAAGAAGGACUAUCUGGGCAAAGCGAAGGUGGUUGCCUCUGUUGUUCCUCAGGAUGAUUUCUCUGGGUUUGCUCCCUUACAGCUUCAGGUUGAAGAUCGUCCAACUUGUCCAAAGGAACCCGAGUUUCUCAGGGCUUUGGAAGGGGAACCCCACACUGUCCUGUUUGAGUUUGUUCCUGAGACCAGCGAUGAGUUGGCUGUAGUGCCGGGCAACAUUGUGUUUGUACUGCAGAAGGGUGCUGACAACUGGGCAUCUGUUGUCUUCAAUGAAAGAAGGGGACUUGUUCCGUACAACUACCUGGAACGUUUGGAGAUCUCAUUAGCUUCUAAACAGAAUGAGGGAAUACGUAGACCUCCAAAUCGUGAACCACCAACCAGACCUGAAAGGAAACCAGGUCUUACUCCUAGUGAAAACAGCAGUGGAGACCUCAAACCUAAGGAUGAUCAGUCUACUGACAAUUCAUAUAUUGUCAAAGUCUGUUUUACAUUCAACUUUAGCAUCUCAGUGCCACAUGGGUCAACCUCUGCCAUACUGAUUGAGAGAAUCAGUAAGAAACUGAAUCUCCCUUCUACUGCAGUCACCUUGAGUUUAACCCCAGAGGCCGACGAACAAAGUGUAAUCGAUGCCAACACAGACAUGGAAAGUGUGUGGAGUCAUGCCAACGGCAGGCGCAUCACCUUGUGGUGUAACACCAAGGAGCAAACUGAUGUAAAGCCACAAAACGACAUUCACUUGGUGGCACUCCAUUCGUACGAGUCAUCAAAUCCAGAGGACCUCACUUUUCAUGAAGGAGAUACAAUCACAGUGCUCUCUAGAGUUAACCAGGAUUGGUUGGAAGGACAAUGUAAUGGGAACACCGGUAUAUUCCCUGCAUCCUUUGUGGGAGAAGUUCCCGUAAAUGGCCAGUGACUGAGAUAAAGAUAAACAAAAGUGACGAGGGACGAUUAUACAGUUCGGUGGCCACAGCUGAAAACUGGUCCGGUACCACAAAUAUCUGACAAACAACAACAUUUUCAACUAAUCAGGGCCUAAAUUUUUAGCUUUUCUUUAAAAUAUUCCCUCUUUCGCAAUGGUCAUGAAAUCGUUAUCAAGUAACGGUAAUAGGUUGUAACGAAUCCGAUUUAGUAAUGUGACGAUAACAACAGGGGAUCUCUAGUAUUGUUUUAUUAAUUACUUACAGCUUCUCGUAAUUACAAGUGAUAAACUGCACACGUGCAGCUGUAGGGAGUGAUGAUUCAAUUAUCUGUUGAAGACAUUGGGGAUUAGUGGUCAAUUAUCAUGAAUACGUUCCCUCCUCUUCAUAGGCAAUAGCUAUGCCUCUCCUUCCCUCUACUGCCUUCAUCACAGAGGUCUCUCCCAACUUCUGCUCUAAGCCACGCCAGCUUCGUUCUGCCAGUAAGGACGCUGAAAAGAGAGAAAGCAAACAUGUGUAAUUGUAAUGCAAGACAUUUCAAAAUGUCUACCUCUGUGUAUUUAUGCAUAAUGCCUCCAGCUGCAAGGUGUAACCGUUAUUGUGUCUGUGAACAUUUCUGCAAUAAACGUGCAGUGUAUGAAAUA